AUGAAGUCCCUAUUACUCACUCUUGCAAUUGUUUUGCUCCUGGCCCAGUUGAUCUCAGGUAGUUUCUUUAUUAAAAAGUGUGCAAACAGAUAUGGAAAUUGCAGGAAGAAGUGCAAAAGUGGAGAGAUACAGGUACAGCCUCCGACUUCCAUGUGCAGCAGUCAAAAACUGUGCUGCAUUCUGCCUAGCAAAGAGCUUUCUCUCAUCUGUGGUGACAACUUAAAGAGUACAGCUGCAGCAGGAACUGCAAGAACUAUGGCGACCGCGGCGGCGACUACCCGGGUUCUGUCCACCAGGGGGCCCAUGAUCCCGGUGACAACGACCACGGCGGCGGCGACCCGGGCGGCGACGACCACGGCGGCGGCGGCGACCCGGGCGGCGACGACCAAGGCGGCGGCGGCGACCCGGGCGGCGACGACCAAGGUGGCGGCGACGACCAAGGUGGCGGUGACGACCAAGGUGGCGGCGACGACCAAGGUGGCGGUGACGACCACGGCGGCGGCGACCCGGGCGGCGGCGACCAAGGUGGCGGCGACGACCAAGGUGGCGGCGACGACCAAGGUGGCGGCGACGACCAAGGUGGCGACGACCCAGAUGACGACGAUCCGAGUGACGACGUCCCCGGUGGCGGCCGGUAUUAUUCGUGUCUCUUGAGCAUUCCAGCCUCUGUCUCCUGACAUAAGUAAGAGCUCUCGUUUAUUAAA